UUGCACACAAAUAAUAUACGCUCUAACUUGAGUGUAACUUCUAAGUUACAAAGCAUCAAGAAACUAAAGCUAGAAGUUAUACAAAUUUUAGGAUAUAAGUACAGUUUAUACACCUUUUACCUACAGCAUUAUCACAAACUUGACUAUUUUCACAAUUUCAGCGUUACCAAAUUUUGAUAUUUUAAGGAUCGGGAAGCAAAUCCAUUUACUUAGCUCUGAGUCAAACUCAACUGGGUGGUGAUGAUGAGUAUGAACCACUAUUCUACAAUUUGUUGUAUUUCAACUCGUUCGUACGUGAAUUACUUCUGACUUUCUUUUUGGGACGUUACUUAAGUCUUAAGAAAGACAUUGUUUAUUCGUUUUCACAGGAUUAUGGAUCCAUUAGGGGUACUGGUUGAUAUUGUUGAUAUAAACUCUUUAAAGCCUUGGAGCCAGAGUAGACCCAAAAGCCUCCAUAAUGCUAGCAAUUUUGGAAAUCAGGAAAAAAUUCAUCAGAUCAGCCCUUUUCCAUAUAGUAAUUAUAUUAACAACAAAGUGAUUUUGUGGGAAGGAGAUUUAUCAUGCCUAAAUGUUCAAGCUAUUGUGAAUUCAACAAAUGAGACAUUCACUGAUAGAAAUCCUUUAAGUGAGAGAAUAUUACAUAGAGCUGGAACCCAACUUAAACAAGAUUUGUAUACAAAUAUUAAAGGCUGUAAGACAGGAGAUGCCAAGUUGACAAAGGGAUACAACCUUCCUGCUCGAUAUGUAAUCCAUACUGUGGGUCCAAAGUUUAAUGUUAAAUACCAGACUGCUGCAGAAAGUGCAUUAUUUUCCUGUUACUUCAAAGUUUUACAACUUGUAAAGGAGUACUCUCUGACAUCAGUAGGAAUGUGUGUUAUCAACUGUAUCCGAAGAGGUUAUCCCCCAUAUGAAGGUGCACACAUUGCAUUAAGGACUGUGCGAAGGUUUUUAGAGAAGUUUGGAAAGGACCUUGAAGUAAUAGUUUUUGCUGUAGAAAAUGUAGAUGUGGGGAUAUAUGAACUACUGAUGCCUCUCUACUAUCCACGUUCUGAGGUAGAAGAAGAGUAUGCUAUGUAUUAUUUACCUAUUGAUGUGGGUGGAGAAAAUGGAGAACCUGUCUUUCCUGAGAGACAGAUUCGUAUUGUUGAUAAGCCAUUCUCUGACAUGAAAGAUUUAGAGAAAAAUUUUGACUUAGCUGAACAGUUGGAGUCUUCUGUAAAUGUUGGAAAUACGUCUUUUGCCAAAAUGCAUGGAGAUGUAGAUAAAGAAAGAAAAAGUUCUCAGAAAGUCACUGAAUAUUCUAAUGUGCUGAUUACAGAAGUUCAGAGAAUGAACAAAUAUGAAAGGAUGCUUCGAAGGUCCAAAACAGAAGACCUGAGGCCAAUAGAAAAUAUACGUUGUCUUUAUCACAGUGGAGAAGAUAGGUUUGGCCGUCCAGUAAUAACAUUUAUUGGUCAUCGAUUUAAGUUCUCUGAAAUAAAUUUUGAUAAAGCACUACUAUACCUAAUUAACAAACUAAACUCAGUGGUACAGCAGAACUACGUUGUUUUGUAUUUCCAUUCAUUGACAACAAAAGAACAUCAGAUACCCUUUACAUUUCUCAAGGAAGCAUAUGAUUUGCUCGACCAAACAUACAAGAAACACCUGAGAGCUUUCUAUAUUAUCCACCCAACUAUUCGAAGUAGGAUGAUGACAUGGUGGUUUACAACAUUUGCUGCUUCUACAAUCAAGGACAAGGUUCAUUCAUUACCUGGUAUUGAGUUUUUGUACAAUCUAAUCUCACCUGAUCAGUUGGAUAUCCCUGAAGCUAUCAUAGAAUAUGACUAUAAGAUCAAUGGAGUGAGGUACUGUACACAACCAGUGAUUGAUGCUGCUGCAUCCUUGUGAUCAAGUACAUCUAUAUAUUUCUUGUUCUGAACACAGUUUCAUUACUGAUCUGCUUUAUAAAAGAAAAUGCAUGAUCUGUAUUGAAUGAAACAGUCACAGUAGAACUUGUAAUAUCAAGUAUUGUGAGUACUACCUUGCAUGUAGUUGAAAGAAAUAACUUGAAAGGUUUUACAGGUUACAUAUUUUAAUAUUUAAUAAAUAGGAACUUCAGUUACUUUGAAAUGAUAGUAAAUGUUGAAACUUCAGUAAUUUGUACAUGUUUUGGUUAAUAGGAUAUUUAAUAAAAUAUACAAGCUCAUUUCAGUUCCCAUUUCUAAAAUUUGAUAAAAGAAAAAAUCCUGUUGCUUAUAUUGACAUCCUAAAAGUAGUGUAAUAUAUAACACAUCUUUCAAAUUUAGUACAUACAUUAUAUCUGACUUCUAGAUCACAAUAUCCUGCACAGUGGCUUUUUGUAUAAUUCAGUGUUUUCAUACUUAAUAUCUAUGAUUUGUUUUUAUCAAAAAAAUUUUGAUGUAAAAUAAAAUAUUUUUCUUUCAUGUAAUCACUUCCCAAUGUAUUAGUUAAUUGAAAAU